AUGGGCAAAAUCUAUUGUAAGCCUAAGCCAAAGGACGCACCCAAGAAAACCAUGAUAGUAAAGCCACCCGCAAGAACAACCCUGUGUAAGAUCCUGGCAGCUAGGAAGAUCCAAGCCUGGUGGCGUGGGGUACUGGUCCGUCGGGUGCUCCUGGUGGCAGCUCUAAGAGCGUGGAUGAUCCAAUCCUGGUGGAGAGCGGCCAUGUUCCGACGGGCGAGCAGCCAGCGGCAAGCCCUGCUGAGGGUGUACGCCGUCGAGGAAGGGGCGGCCGUGAAGCUCCAGGCCUGCGUCCGCAUGUGGCUCUGCCGCCAGUACUUCUGCCGACUGGGCCACGCGCUGUACAUGUUGCAGUCCGCCAACGAGGGGCUCUUCUUCCGGAAGGAGGACCCGUGGUCCGUCCCGGACGACGUGGCAGCUAGAGAGCCCGAGUUUCACAUCGAGAUCGUGUGCGUGUAA